UGAUCUACAAGGUUGUGCCUGUUUCAUGUCCAGUUUUUAUAUUUGAACUCUUGUUCUGUGAAAUGAUUCUUAAAGAAAAAAUGAAGUUCACCAUUUUAUUUCAAUCCUGCCUCGUUUUAUUCUUUCUGAUACAAGUAAUGUAUGCGUGUGGGCCAGCAGAGGAAGGCAAGCCAUAUACACUGACUCAUGUCAUGACUAAAGCUCCGAGUGACACAACAAUGCUUAUGUGGACAAAAGAUGACAAUCUGAUCGCUGAAUGUGCUCUGGUUUCUGGUGACUGUACAACAAAUGACAUCAACUGGCUGACUGCAAACGUUAAUACGAAUGGGGAAAUGUGGCAAUUCUCUAUAAACAUUAUGAGUGUUUCAAGGGAAAUACUGAAAAAUACCAAAGGACUUUGGAAGUUACAAACACACACUUCAAGUCCUAAUGUAGAGGUAUUUUAUGAAUGCAAUCUUCAAGUGUAUGCAAAGCCAACAGAAACGAAGUGUACAAAGACUUGGUCCAAAGAUGGUCUAACCGUGUCCUGUUAUGGGAAACAAGUUUACCCCGAGGCUAUGAUGGCUGUAUUUAGAGAAUCAAUUGACACACAGACCGUGUUAUGCAAUAACACACAUAGCAAUCUGGAGCCUCUUUAUUAUGAAACAGAAUGUUGGAAAACAUUAAAGAAGCAUGAUUUGCUUUUUGAAAGAGAUGAUUAUAUUUUUUGCCUUUACCCUAGUUUGAUAGGACAUCCCAAUUUCACGCAGACUGGCACAAAUAUUUCUUUGUCUUUACUUAAAGAAUAUUCAUCAGUAUCGGUUCAAGACUGCAACAAAAGUAAUGGAUUUAUCAACUGUAGUUGUGAAAGGCUAGACAGUGAUGAAAGUAAAUCAGGUUUUAAUUGGAUCGCAGAUGGCGUUGAUGUUAAAAGCAAAACACAAUACUACGUAACAAUCGUAAAUGGCACCGCGGUUAACGAUAUAACAUGUACACCUAUUGUUACUGGCAAAAAUCAAAAAGAAGAUACUGAAUGUACAGAUACAGGCAACAUUACUGUGAUAGUACUUGCAGUUCUUUUUGCAAUAUCAGGGCUAAUAAAUGUUGUAUUAUGCUACACGUUCAUUAAAAAAUACUUUCCAUUGUUAAAACUAACUAAAGUAAAUCUAUCAUCGGCAAGAACUUACAGUAAAGGCAUUGAGUUUACGGAAGAUGAAGAAUCUCGGAAAUUAUUUGAGAGCAAAACAGAAGAGUCCACAAGAAAUACAGGGACAAUCGAGGACAUUUCUGCUCCAAUUUCUGCUUCAAAGUCUGACGCUAACAAUCAUAAACGUUCAAUAUUGCUGGUUGGAACAAAGGAGAGUAACAAAGAGCUGUACAAGAGAACACUACUGCAGAAAUCAUAUGCUAUUGAAAAACAAAAAUCGGCCAAAAAGAAAAUAUGGAAAGUUUUGGAUAAGGAAACAAAUGAAGAAAUACACGAAACAAGCCAAGACGAAAUAAAAUUACCAGAUAAAAACAUCUUACACUUGCACUAUUUUGAACGUUGUAAUAUAGUGUUUAAACUAAUUGAUGGGCCCGUGUAUGAUGACCAAGACGUUGAUAAGUUUAUAGAAGAAAUGAAAUCAUGUCUUGUUCUUUGUCGUGAGGGCUACAAUACUGUUGUUGUGGUAUAUACAUCAGACACAAAAAAGGACGCUCGAUCUUUAGUGUUUAUGUUACACGAAGACUUGGGUAUUGAUUUGAAUAAUGUAAUUGUUGUAAAAUCUAUUGAUGCAAAAUAUAAAAAAUAUGUUGCCCCAAAAGAAAUUAAUAUUCAUGCCACAAUAAUAAAAGAAGACGAAACAAAAUGUGAAAAUACUGAUGCUACACAACUUAGAGAUAUUUCAGAAAGUACUUUAAAUCCGAAAAAACAAGAAGAUAUUACACAAACAAAAGAGGAUGUAUCAUUUAAAAAGUGGUUCGGAAAAAGAUAUAUUCAGUUUAAUAUCUUACCCGCUUACGUUGAUAACACAAACUUUUUUUCUUUGGUGUGUGAAAUGGGUAAAGCAAUAUCAGUGCCAUUUUUUAUAGAUAAUCCCAAAUCAUUCGUAGCAAACAACAUGUUGGAAAAUGUAUAAAGAAAAUUAUCUCUCCUAAUGGAAAAGAUUUCGAAUAGAACAAAUAAAUAUACAAAAGAAACAGAGCAAAUGUUAAUCCUAUUACAAGGUACAUGGCAAAAUUAUCUAGAUGGGAAGAAUGAGAAAACACAGCAUGAAGAAGAGAACGCGACACAGAGACGUCAAAUGUAUGAAGAUGUUACAUACUUGAUGAAAUGCUUACAGACUGUUUAUUUCGGGCCUCAAAAAGUAGAAAGAAAUGAAGUGAUUUUACUUCCUCACGUUAUGAAUUAUUUCCACAUUUUUAAUGACUGGUAUGUGGAGAGAUUAAUCAGAAAUAAGGACUCAUUUCUUGAUACCAAUUUAAAAAUGAAACUUUCAAUGAGAAGGGACAAAAAUCAUCUCUUGACUAAACAAAUUAAAAAGUAAUUUAGGCUAGACACUUUUAAUAUUAAGAUAUUUUUUUUAAAUAGUGUCUCUCUGUGUAUAUAUGCAGUUGAGUAUGAUUUGACCUUGUAGCAUUUUUCCUUAGUAGGCUUACUACAUCAAAUAAUCAUGCACCCAUUUUAUUACUGAAAAAAAAAAAAAAACCUGACUAUACAAUACACACGUUCCCAUGCCCCCACCUCCAUCACAAACUUUUAACAUGUCCAGGUGUUAUGUAACUGUCGUUUUAUUUAUCUUGGUGUGUUUUUUAAUGUGUACUUUAAACGCAGUUUUUCGUGGUUUAGAAUAUACUUGAUAUUUUCUAUCACUUAUGAGGUUACUAUCUUUAUUUAUAUUUCUUAAUAUUCAGUAUAUGUAUUCAUUAUAUUCAAUGUUUACUUACUUAUUCUCAUUCAAAAUAAUGGGCAAUAUGUUUGUAAAACCACUAACAUUUUCUUUUUUAUGUUUACUAAAAAACAUUACAAUUUCUUAAUACUAUACUAACCACAUUGUAUUGUUAUUGAUAUAGAAUUGGUAAGACAAAGAAUUUCGCAUCUAAAUGGGUGUUUAUUAAGCAUACACUGCUUCAUAUUUUACCUGUUGGGUCUAGUAACAAAGACUUCUGUUAUAUUACUAAUAACGAUUAUUGCAAUGUAGGUAAACAAAGAUUUCUUAUCUAAUAAAAAAGUAUGUUUUUUUAUUCCAUAAUGGUUUUUGCUAA